GUCAGCGGAAAGGCCCGCACCCGCCUUGGCAUAGCCCAUAAACACACGCUAAAAUAAGGAUUAUCAUGCGGGAAUACGACGAUGGCGUCAACUUUCAAACUCCACACUUUUGAAAGAUUGUACAAACAUUGGCAGUCAUUCUUUUGUUUCUCUUCUACCACCAUCCUCACAAACAAUACUGCUGCUCAUCAUGUCAGAUUCAGCAAGUUUAUUUUCCACAACUUCAACACUUUUUGAAUCACCUUAUACCGCUCUCAACUUUCAUAGUAGUCAGGCAGGUAAUGCUCCAAACACUGUACCAAUCGAAGAAUGUUGGGCAGUCUUGGUGGUAAACCAUGAUCGAUUCAAAGCAGACACGAAACUUCUGAGUAGUGUAGGCCUACCAAGCACAUACGAACGUGCUUCUCAACCUGGCUCAAGUAGGUCGGGAUUGGGUAAAUUGGACCUUCGUAAACGAUUACAAGUACAAAUUCCAUUUACGCAUCUUCAAAGUGCAUCGGUCGAUCGUAUUCCAGUUCCUACAACCAUCGAACAGCUGCUUGCAAAUCGUCCAGAAUUCAAAUAUGGCAGAAGACAAUCGUUGAUGGAAUUGAUGGUAGAAGAUUUGGUCGGAAUUCGUAUUCGCAGAAUUGAUGCAGCAGCGGUAAAAUUGUUGUUCAACGGGAAUGAUGUACGAGAUGCAACGAUCUUUUUUCCCGCUCAUGUCCUUCUACGAACGCCGAAUUGGGCAGUUCAGAAGAAGUUGAUCGGAGGCGGCGGUCAAUCCCAGACGUUCGCAAGUGCGCAAGUUAAAUGGGCUACUUGCAUUUUCACAUCACCCGUCGUGCCGGGUAGUGCGGAUGACAAUGACGAUAAAGCAUACAGAGCACAACGUGAGAAAGAGAUCCUGUCAAAAUUAAGCGUAGGUGAAACAGACGAUGUGAUUCUUGCAAGAUCCAAACCACCGUCUGAACGUAAUGAAGCGCUGUUGGAUAAGCUUUUGCUCUUCUUAGAGAGAAGGGGAGUGGUGUGGUGUAAAGUUGGACAUCUGGCUAAACCUUCGAUGUUGAAUUCGGAUCCUGUCCUUCGACCCCAGUUUGCCGUUCAAGGUAUGUUCCCUGAGCCAUUUUUGGACAGAUGCAAAGCAUAUUGCAAAGGAGCGGGAAUUAGCUUAAAUGGAAAAAAUAUGAUGAAACCAGAAGCAGAAGAAACGGCGAAAAGUAGUAGAGCACCUUUGAUCAUUGCGGCUGCAAAAGAUCACGUUUCAGCAUCCGACAUUGCAAGAACAAAAGGCAAUGUAGAAAUUGCCGGACAAGAUGAGGACUUGAUUCAAAAUUGGCAUGUCAAGGUUACCUUGGAACCUUAUAUGAUCGGUACGCCUCUUGCGGUUGGAGGUGCAGCGGCAGGUAUUGGUAUGGGAAUGGCUGGCGGUUUUUGAUUGACAUGCGGGCUAUAUGGACGCUUUCUUGACUUUUUUGUAUAUAAACAAUAAUUCGAUACCUACCUAUCAG